AUACGGUGCAUGGUAUUAGUGGCCCUAAAAAACAACAACAAAAUUCUCAAGUUCCCUAAAGAUUAUCUUAUCUUACCAGCCUAUUAUAUAACCUGCCACAAGGGCCAGACUGUAUCGGGAUGGAGACGCUGUUUGGCACUCAUUAAAAAAGUCAUAAUUGAUGGAGAAUUCUUGGCACUGGUGCUGGGAGAGUGGCACUCUCACUUGGCUGACACUCUUGAACUUCCUGGUACAGUGGACCUUGUGGGUGUUGGCCUCUCUCUGCCACACUGAGAAAUUUUACGACCUAGCAGGAUCAACAACAUUCAUCUUGCUUGCAUACUUGAACUACCAAUGGAACAGUACUGGUCAUCCCCGUCAAGCAAUACAGACAAGUUGUAUUUUCAUUUGGGCCUUGAGGUUAGGGCUGUUCCUCAUCACUCGCAUACUAAAGGCUGGAAAAGACCGUCGUUUUGACAAAAUACGCAGUAAUCCUGCCCGCUUCUUCUUUGCUUGGACCAUACAAGGUACAGCUGCUACCAGCACGACUAUCUCAGUGCCAACCAAGAGUCAACAGCUGCUACCACCAUGGCUAUCUCAGUGCCAACCAAGAGUCAACAGCUGCUACCACCACGGCUAUCUCAGUGCCAACCAAGAGUCAACAGCUGCUACCACCAUGGCUAUCUCAGUGUCAGCCAAGAGUCAACAGGAAGUGGAUGCACUCACCUAA